CAUAUGUCGCCAUGCCGGUACUUGUAAGAGCACCGGGGAUUCCGUGAUUAGUACACAAAACACGAGACUUUUCACAAAAAUUGUUAGUAAAAAUGGGACUUUAAGUAUGAAAGUGAUUAGUGAUUACUUCAUGAAACGUCACUAUGGUGGGGCAUCCAAUUCAACUCCGCCGAAAACCUCCUGACGUCCGUUAUAUAUAAAGAUAUAUACAUACAUACAUACAUAUAUAUAUAUAUAUGUGUGUGUGUGUAUUCUCCCACCUUACAACUGUCCAUAUUUCUAUCACUUCAACUCCAUCUUCUACACCAUUUCUACGCUAUUGAACUUCAAUCCCGCUGAAUUUGUAGAAAUCUAAUCAACAUGUCCCAAACAAUUCCUACAACUACCAAACUCUGGAGAGCCAAAGGAACAGACGGAUUUCACUGCUUGGAAUAUGAUGGUCAAGCUGAACUCCCAGCAUUGGGUGACAACGAUGUUCUUGUCAAAUUUCAUGGUGCUUCGUUGAACUAUAGAGACUUGGUAAUGGUCAAGGUAAGUUCUGCGCGCCUUCUAACAUUAUCCCUGGCAGCUUUUUUCAUAGGCAGAUGCUGAUCGGUCCUUCUUCCAGGGCCAAUAUCCAGCUGCUACCAGAUUUGGUGUGGUUCCCGGCUCUGACGGUGCCGGCGAAGUCCUUGCUGUUGGAUCAAAAGUAGCUCGAUUUAGCCCGGGCUCGAAAGUCGUUACUCUUUUCAGCCCACGUCACUACGGUGGCGCCCUCACCCCAUUAGCCCUAGGAUCUGCUUUGGGUGGUGGCUCUGAUGGUACCCUUCGUCAAUAUGGUGUCUUUAACGAAGAAGCGCUCGUAGAAAUGCCUUCUUCACUUUCCUACCUUGAAGCCGGUACUCUUUCAUGUGCAGCUGUCACAGCUUGGAAUGCUCUGUACGGACUAAAGCCACUAAAACCUGGUGAUGUGGUCCUCACACAAGGAACUGGUGGUGUUAGCAUAUUCGCUUUGCAAUUUGCUAAAGCAGCAGGGGCAACUGUAAUCGCUACGACCUCGUCCGAUGCAAAAGCGGAGACGCUCAAAAAACUCGGUGCGGACCACGUAAUCAACUAUAGAAGCACUCCUGAAUGGGGUACGCAUGCCAAAUCUCUCACUGAAAAAUCCAUCGGUGUAUCGCACGUUAUUGAAGUCGCUGGUGCUAGGUCCAUGGCACAGUCCUUAAAUGCCGUAAGAUUUGAGGGUGUCAUCAGUGUAAUUGGAUUUUUGUCAGGAGCCGCGGAAGAAAAGGAGCCCUCAUUCUUGGAAUGUUUGACCAAAAACUGCAUUGUUAGAGGUAUAGUGGUUGGAAGCCGGGAAUUGUUCGAGGAUAUGAACAGAGCCAUUGAUGCAAACAAGAUCAAGCCGGUGGUUGAUGAGAAGGUAUUUAAGUUGGAGGAGCUCAAGGAGGCUUAUCAAUAUAUGUGGGAUCAGAAACAUUUUGGCAAGUUGGCCAUUAAAAUUGAGUAAAGGCAACUGAGCAUGUCAUCUUACCAGGAUCAUUUGAAGGGACACCAGCUUAAUAACGUGACUAUCAUUUCAAGAGUAACGACAAUAAAUACUCUUGUCCAUUGUCGUAACCAAGUCCACUACUGUCAUCCAAUGAACUAAACGCCUGCUUUCCACACGUUCUGUAUCCCUCCAUUUAUAAUUGAAUAUCUCAAUGUAAUCUUACCUGAAUC